GCAGUGAGGCGUUACUACUGAAUCACUUGGAGUCUCCUAGAAGUGAAGGGAAGUUUGGUUUGUCUACGGCACGCCAGCCUGCUAGCUGCAACCUUGUUCCUUGUUGUAGGUGUUUGUAAAAAAAUCUGUGGCCUUCCAAGCGAUAAGCUUGGAGAACCAGGGAUGAAGUUAGAGGGACUGAGGUGCUAAUUUGUUUCUGUUAGGCAGGUUAAUAUUUCUGUUGUGGAAAUCUAGAUAUUAGGCAACGUCUGGGGAAUGUGUCUGAAUGUGUCUUCAAAUAGUAAGAGGCUUUGUCCAAGAGGAAGUGAUUAAGCCGUUUGCUAUGUCCGUUGUUGAUAGAGCUGGAAGUAAAUGGGCUUUGAUUGCAAUGUGGGAGAUUUCAGUUUGAUGUUACAAACUUGUAUUAGCAAUGAUGCAGGAGCAUUAGAACAGACUGUCUGAGAAGGGCUGAAAGUUUUUCAGAACAGGCUGGAAAAACAUCUGUCAAAAAUAAUGCUGCUAUAGCUGAUCCUUUGUUGGGACGGAGGGAUGCACCAACCACCUGACCUGGUCCUAGCCCUAUUUUCUGUGAUUCUGUGAAAAGUUAAGACAUGUAUAUUCUUGUGUCCAGCUGAUGCAAGCUUGAGAUGGGUGCAGGUUUGUAUAUCAAAUAAGCACUAGCAUCUAUAAGCUACCAGGAUAGUGUACGAAGAAGUACAGGCACUCCACUUUCCUUCAAAGGCCUGCCAUCCAAAUGCUAAUGUACCCAACCAUGGUAAGUCUUAAAAAGAGAUGGCAGCAGCACUCUUUCUUGCUUAACCAUCUUCCUUAAUUUUUAUCUUCAUUUUCACUGCCAUGUACAACAAACAGACUAGCAGCACCAUCUUUUUUUACUAGUGCUUCCUGUAAAAUUAAGUUUCAGUUGUUCAUACCACUGCCAAGCUUUAAUCAUUGCUGUAAACACUUUCUAUGCCUCUGAUUGAUAGACUUGUUUUGUGGAAAUUUUUAUCAAAACCAGCAACUAUAUAUAUAUAUUUUUUUAAAAGAAAAAGUAGGGAGUAUGCCAUGUUCUUGAAUUACACCUUCCUUCCAUUUAAAAACAAAUCAAGAAGAUUCCUCUUUGCAAAGCUCUAAAUCAGCUUGUGUUUUGGAGUCAGACUGCAGGGACAACUGGGGCUGUGGCGGGGCAGAGGCAGUGUCAGUAAGUGGGGCCACCAAACAGUAAUGGAAAGACACAGCAAGGGGAGCUGGGCAAAAAGGUGAGGAGGAGAAGCAAAUAGUUAUAAGCAGCUGUUGAACAAGGAGGCUGGGGCUGUGGAGUGUGGGGGAAUGGUGUUUGGUUGGGGUGAGCUGAGAGCAAAGGAAAGGGAUGGGGUUAGAAGGCAAAGGCAGUGAAGAGAAGAAAGUGGGCUAGGAUGGUCUGGAGAGGAGAGAGCAAGAGCACGACUUGAAUUGAAUGGUUGGAAGAGCCUCUGAAUCAUUAUUACUCAGCUGUCAUCAGUGUCUGAAAUUCACCCGGUGUUUCAUGCUCCUCAUGUUAGUCUUCACAAAGGAGGAUGAGCUACCCUUGCAGCCCAUUUACUCCAUUACCUUGGUUGUAGUGGUCCACGUGAUGGAUUCGUCUCUUCUGAUAAUCCACAAAAGUGUUCAUCGUGAUGCUUCAUGAGGGAAUUGGUUUGCUGUAAAAGAAACUAACUCUGUGAAAAGGGCACUUUGAAGGGUGCUGAUGCAAGAACUGGAAGCUGGGGGAAGACCAGUUAUCCUCUGCGUGCACUUCUGUCUACCCGACUGUAUGUCUUAUACAACUCAUGUUUUAGCUACGUCACUCUGUGCUGUUUCUUCCACAGGACCCCCGCCUCAUUCACUGCAUGCGAUGGACCUGCUCUGAGAUAAAUCUGAGUUGCACAGUGAAAGACACCAUCUGUAGGACCCCUGCCUCAUUUGUCAGGCUGCUCGGCAGAAUGGCCACGGAGGAGCGGCACCUCUCCUCCAGCUGUGGGUCCUUCAUCAAGACCGAGCCCUCCAGCCCAUCUUCUGGCAUCGACGCCAUCAGCCAUCACAGCCCGAGCGGCUCCUCUGACGCUAGCGGUGGCUACGGCAUCACCAUGGGUGGCCACCCCAAUGGCCUAGACUCACCACCCAUGUUCAAUGGCACGGGGAUUGGCAGUGGGUCCUGCCGUAAGCGUUACGAUGACUGCGCCAGUGCCAUCAUGGAGGACUCACCCACCAAGUGCGAGUACAUGCUCAAUGCAAUCCCCAAGCGGCUGUGCCUGGUGUGCGGGGACAUUGCUUCUGGGUACCACUACGGCGUGGCUUCCUGUGAGGCGUGCAAAGCCUUCUUCAAGAGGACUAUUCAAGGGAAUAUUGAAUACAGCUGCCCGGCCACCAAUGAAUGUGAGAUCACGAAACGGAGGCGCAAGUCCUGUCAGGCCUGUCGCUUCAUGAAAUGCCUCAAAGUGGGGAUGCUAAAAGAAGGUGUUCGUCUGGAUCGAGUCCGUGGAGGCCGCCAGAAAUACAAAAGGAGACUGGAUUCUGAGAGUAGCACUUACCUGAGCCUACAGAUCCCUCCCCCAGCUAAAAAGCCACUGACUAAGAUCGUCUCCCACUUGCUGGUGGCUGAGCCAGAGAAGAUUUAUGCCAUGCCUGAUCCAACCAUGCCAGAGAGUGACAUCAAAGCCCUGACAACCCUCUGUGACCUGGCAGACAGGGAACUGGUGGUGAUCAUUGGCUGGGCAAAGCACAUCCCAGGGUUCUCCAACCUCUCCCUUGGGGACCAGAUGAGCCUCCUGCAGAGUGCCUGGAUGGAAAUCCUCAUCCUGGGCAUUGUGUACCGCUCCCUGCCAUAUGAGGACAAGCUUGUCUAUGCUGAGGACUACAUCAUGGAUGAAGAGCACUCUCGUCUGACGGGGCUGCUGGAGCUCUACCUGGCCAUCCUACAACUGGUGCGCCGCUACAAGAAGCUCAAGGUGGAAAAGGAAGAGUUUGUCACGCUCAAAGCUCUGGCCCUCGCCAACUCAGACUCCAUGCACAUAGAGGACAUGGAUGCAGUGCAGAAACUCCAGGACCUUCUCCACGAAGCCCUGCAGGACUACGAGCUGAGUCAGCGCAACGAGGAGCCCCGGCGAGCAGGCAAGCUGCUCCUGACCUUGCCCCUCCUGCGGCAGACGGCCGCCAAAGCUGUGCAGCACUUCUACAGCAUCAAACUGCAGGGCAAGGUUCCCAUGCAUAAACUCUUCCUAGAAAUGCUAGAGGCAAAGGUCUGACAGCCCCAGUGCCAGCCGACAGUGGCCGGGGAACAAACUAGAAACAAAGAUUCAGACAACGGAGCAAUCCAAACAGCAGCAGCAGCCACCGCCGGCUUUUAUCUCCAAUCAUUUAUUAUGGAAGAAUUAUUUAAUGUCUAUCUGUCGGCGUGACUGCAGAAAUCUCGUGUACAGGAGGGGGGAAACUCUUUUAAUCAGUCACCUGUUUCUCUUUUUUUCAUUUGUUUUCUCUGUGGGAAAUACCAGAAUAUGCUCUUGCACUUGUUGAGGCGGUCAAUGGGGCUCAGCCCCUCUGAGCAGUGAUGCUCUCAGCGCUGCCCAGGCCGCCUGCUCCCCAGCUCCCUCCGCCAGUGCUGGAGGGGGAGUGGGGACAGAAGCAGGAAGAGAGGAAGAAUAGAGUCAAUAUAAACUUUAUCUGCUGGUGUUGUGAGGGGUCAGAUAGAAAGAGAAGCAGCCAGGGUCCUUCUUUUUGUCACCUUUCUGACUCUAACCAUAGAGCAGAUGCUCCUUUGGAGAAGAGUGCUGCUGGACCUCUCCUGAUUAAAACAGCUGCUUCCCAGGCUCCUCUAGCGACAGCUAACACUUGUACAUACAGGCCCCAUUUCUCACUGGGAAAGAUGCUCCUAACUGUGUAAGAUAUUCUGCGACCUUGUACAGUGUGUCAUUACGCCUGGCUAGUCCCUCCCAUGUACAAUCCCCGCAGGCCCCUGAAGAGGUAGGAUGUAUGACCCUGAGAGAAUGCAAGUCUCCUUUCCCAGAUGGCAAGAAAAAGAGAAGAGCCUGAUGUUAUGCUUCAGUGCUGGGUUGACAUGAUAAUCUCUGCAUCCUCUCCUAUGUGGUGCUAACUACAAUUCUUCCACACUUUUCACCCCAUAGUAUAUCAAACCUGCCUCUUCAGCUCAGCUGAGUGCCAUUCCCCACUUGUUCCUUGUGGCAGAGAACACAAGGCUUUGUCUGCAUGGUUACUGCCCAAGUAUAAAUACACCCCAAAACAGGGCUUUCCUAGACUGCAUUAAAGUGACUAGCUCUUUGCCUCCAAAAAGAUUUAGGCUUAUUGCCAAACGCUAGUUAGGAAUCAAGGGCACUGCUUUUUGGAGGAGGCAGCUCUUGAGCCUGAGAGAUUGCUUUUUUGUGGCAGCCUAGGGAAAUAAAUUAGAGGGUGGCAUGAAACCCCCGAUAUCU